AUGGCUUCUGGAAACAACUGGUUGGGGUUCUCGAUCUCCAGCCAAGAAAAUCCACAGCCCCAUCAGGAUAGCUCACCGCCAGCCACCAUCGACAUCCCUGGCGCCACCAAUUUCUAUGGCCUCCCCACGCAGCCGGCUCCCGACGCUCAACUGGGCGUGCCAGGACAUCACGCUCCAUACGGGAUCAUGGAGGCCUUCAAUAGGGGAGCUCAUGAAACCCGAGAAUGGAAUCUGGACUAUAAUGGCGGCGCCUCCGAGCUCUCGAUGCUAGUCGGGUCGAGUGCCGUCGGCGGCAAGAGGGCUGUUGAGGAUGAGACCGAGCCAAAGCUAGAGGACUUCCUCGGCAGCAACUCGUUCGUUUCCGAGCAAGAUCAGGCCGGUGGCUUCUUGUUCUCUGGAGUCCCGGUGGACAACCGCACUAUCAGCAACGGCGGGAGCAACACCAUGGAACUCUCCAUGAUAAAUAGCUGGCUCCGGAACAAUCAGGUCCCCCAGGCGCCGCAUCCGCAGACCGUGCCGCCCCCCGCACAGCAGCCGCAGCUCCACGAGGAAAUUAUGAGCACUGACGCGAGCGCGAGAAGCUCCGAUGAGCUUGUGGGGAACAGCGUGAUGGCGGCGACGGGGAGCCUGGCGCUAUCGAUGAGCACGGGCUCCGGCUCGGGUUCGCACCUGCCGAUGGCUGUGACCGGGGGUGGCGUCAGUGGGGGAGCCUCGGAGAGCACCUCCUCGGAGAACAAACGGGCGAGCGGAGCCAUGGAUUCGCCCGGCAGCGCGGCAGAGGCCGUCGCGAGGAAGUCUAUCGACACGUUCGGGCAAAGGACAUCAAUAUAUCGAGGUGUAACAAGACAUAGAUGGACAGGGCGUUAUGAGGCUCAUCUCUGGGACAAUAGCUGCAGAAGAGAAGGGCAGAGUCGCAAGGGUAGGCAAGUUUAUCUUGGUGGAUAUGACAAGGAGGACAAGGCAGCAAGGGCUUAUGAUUUGGCAGCUCUCAAGUAUUGGGGAACAACUACAACAACAAAUUUCCCAAUAAAUACCUAUGAAAAGGAGGUGGAUGAAAUGAAACAUAUGACUAGACAGGAAUAUAUUGCACACCUAAGAAGAAAUAGCAGUGGAUUUUCUCGGGGCGCGUCAAAAUAUCGUGGUGUAACUAGGCACCAUCAGCAUGGUAGGUGGCAAGCAAGAAUAGGGCGGGUUGCAGGAAACAAGGAUCUCUACUUAGGCACCUUCAGCACCGAGGAGGAGGCAGCGGAGGCCUACGACAUCGCCGCGAUCAAGUUCCGCGGCCUCAACGCCGUCACCAACUUCGACAUGAACCGCUACGACGUGAAGAGCAUCCUCGAGAGCAGCACGCUGCCGGUUGGCGGCGCGGCGAGGCGCCUCAAGGAUUCCGUGGAGCACCCGGCCGGCGCCACGAUCUGGCGGGCCGGCAUGGACGGCGGCGUCAUCCCCCAGCUGACCGACGCCGGGAUGAGCGCCUACGCUUCCUACCACCACCACCAGGGCUGGCCGACCAUCGCGUUUCAGCAGCCGUCGCCGCUCUCCGUGCACUACCCGUACGUCGCCCAGCCGCCUCCCGGGUGGUGCAAGCCCGAGCAGGACAUCCAGCAGCUGCACCUCGGGACCGCGGCUCACAACUUCUUCCAGGCAUCGUCGAGCUCUGCGGUCUAUAACGGUGGUGGUGGUGGGUACCAGCAAGGCCUCGGUGGCAACGCGUAUUUGAUGCCGGCGAGCACCGUCGUGGCUGAACAGGGGCACAGCAGCACGGCCACCAACCAGGGAAGCACCUGCAGCUACGGGGAGGAAGAGGGGAACAAGUUGGUCGGGUACGACGCCAUGAUGAUGGCCAGCACCGGCGGCGCGGACCCGUACGCUCCCGCAUCAACCGUGAGCGUCGCUAAGGCUAAUGGUUACGCCAACAACUGGAGUUCGCCGUUCAAUGGCAUGGAAUGA